AUUCAGCAGUUGCUGUUUGACAGACUUCUGUCAAGCUUUGUGUCUGUCACUAGCACUAGAACAAUAGGUAGGUUCACUUAUCUUCAUCAAGUGCCUUGAAGUCCUUUUCUGGAUACGUGAUUGUAGAUUUUUAUUUAUAUUUUUGCCCCUUCUACAGGAGUUCAGAACCCCAGCGCCCAGGUUGUUUGCUGAGUGGAGAGAUGGGGGGCUCUAUAUUCCCGGUGUCACCGCUGUCUUGCAGCAACAAGAGGAGCAGCUUUGUGUCGGGCUGAUCCUGCGCCUUGCCCACGUGAUGUAUGCUCCCGUAGUAGGCGUUUCGCGCUUCAACAGUAACGCUUUAGUCGUGGAUGGCUGGCAGCUUUGCAGACAUCCAGGAGGUCAGAUCUGCUAAUGUUAGUACUCAUCCCCGCCCCCUUCCUUUCAUAACUUGUGAUCGCAGAGCCAUGAAAGUAUGUGAGUCCCUCCCCCAGUGCAGACCAAAUCCACCCAGCAUAUGACCCGUGCUCCAUGUCAGCCAGAGCAGGCAGCACCGACUUGCCGGGCCGGGGCGAGUAGCCAGAGCAAUGACCUUAACCAAACAGAGCUUCCACAGGGCCCUUCCACCUCCUCCUGAGGUGGCCAUGACCGACCUGGACAACACCAGAGGGAAAGAGAAGGUUAUGCAGCAAUCCGUGACCAGGACUGGGAUGGUGGUACCUAAGAAGCGACCGACGGGAAGGCUGGUCAUGCACAGCAUGGCGAUGUUCGGCAGGGAGUUCUGCUAUGCCGUGGAGGCCGCCUUUGUCACGCCGGUGCUGCUCAGUGUAGGGCUGCCCAAGAGCCUCUACAGCCUGGUGUGGCUCAUCAGCCCGAUCCUGGGCUUCGUGCUGCAGCCCGUGGUAGGUUCAGCCAGUGAUCACUGCACCUGUAGCUGGGGCAGGAGGCGACCGUACAUUCUGGGUCUGGGCAUCAUAAUGCUGGUAGGCAUGGCUUUGUACCUCAAUGGGGACGAGAUGAUCUCAGCUUUCAUCGAUGGGAGAGACAAGCAGCAGACGUGGGCAAUAGUCAUUACCAUGCUGGGAGUAGUGCUUUUUGAUUUUGCAGCUGACUUUAUUGAUGGACCUAUCAAAGCAUAUUUAUUUGAUGUCUGCUCUCAUCAGGAUAAAGAGAAGGGUCUGCAUUACCAUGCCCUCUUUACAGGCUUAGGAGGAGCCCUGGGUUACCUGACAGGUGCUGUGGAUUGGAGUCAGACCGUACUAGGAUAUUCCUUAGCAUCAGAAUUCCAGGUGAUUUUCCUCUUGUCAGCCUUGGUUUUCCUAAUCUGCCUUACUGUACAUCUGCGCAGUAUUCCUGAAGUCCCGCUCAGAUAUAACAAAGAAGAGACAAAGUUCCUUUUGGAAGUGACUGACCACAAAAAGUAUAGCUCCAUAGAGGAAAUCAGGAACGGAUACUCCACCUGUACUGAAAUAAAUGCCACAGCUACACCAAAGAAACGCGCUGUUACAUCACGUACAGAGACUCAAAGGCGGAUGACCCUUAAAUCACUCUUGAAGACACUUUUCAGCAUGCCAUCCCACUAUCGCUAUCUGUGUGUGAGCCACCUCUUUGGAUGGAUGGCUUUCCUGUCCAACAUGCUCUUCUUCACGGAUUUCAUGGGACAGGUUGUAUACCGAGGUAGUCCGUAUGCACCUCAUAACUCCACGCUGUACCUUACCUACAGAAGAGGCGUAGAGGUUGGAUGCUGGGGGCUGUGCAUCAAUGCGAUUUCAUCCUCAGUCUAUUCUUACCUGCAGAAAAUCCUUCUGCAAUACAUAGGAUUAAAGGGACUUUAUUUCAUUGGUUACCUACUUUUUGGAUUAGGUACUGGAUUAAUUGGCUUGUUUCCCAAUGUCUAUUCCACUCUGGCUCUGUGUUCCCUCUUUGGUGUCAUGUCCAGCACUCUGUACACCGUGCCAUUCCAACUCAUUGCAGAGUAUCACAGAGAAGAAGAGGUCCAGAAUCUACAGGAGGAUGAACAAGGCACAGAUCACAGGCGAGGGAAGGGCAUCGACUGCGCUGCUCUCACCUGCAUGGUCCAGCUGGCCCAGAUCAUUCUCGGCGUGGGCCUGGGGCUCUUGGUUAGUGUUGCUGGCAGUGUGGUCACUGUGAUUUCUGCGUCGAUGGUGGCACUGAUCGGCUGCUGCUUUGUUGCUUUUUGUGUUCGAUAUGUGGGGUAGGACUGCGUGAAGCAAUUGGAAGAAAUUCCCCCAGAGGAAUGUUUUGUUUCCGGGUCAGUAGCACUGGUGCUCUUGCCAUGCUGAUCCUACUGGUACACCCUCCUCUCUUCCCUGCUCGGAGCAGUUGCAAUUCCAGACACUUACCUGCAAAGUGAAUGACUUGAUAAAACUGGUUGCCUCAAGCCUCAGAUUGAAAGUUUCUCUAUUUUGACUGCUUUAUUACUUCCUUCCUGCUGACCUCAGUGUGUUAACACACUGUAUUGUACGUGAAGACAUGUCUGCCUGUGCUGUCUUGAGGAGCCAUGAAACUCAUUAUCAAUUUGUGGAAGUAGAUGAAGUAUAUGAUAAAUUGAAGAAGUGAUAAAAAUGGACAGAGUUGGGAUGAAAGUUGUUAUUUAUCUUGUUUUACAAGCAUCUGAAGUUUGGGGCUAUUCUCCUUGGUAGGAAAAAGCUGCAGGAGCAUCAAACAGGUGUCAUAAGCCACGGUGCUAUUAUGUCAUGAUUAGCAGGAUCAUUAAAUGGUAUAUUAACCUCCCGGCUAUCAUAAAAGCAGAUUUGGGUAUGGAAGGUGAUUGGAGUGUAAAAAACGAUGAAGCUUAUUGUUUAAAAGCAUAACAGUAAAACAAUUUUAAACUGGAUCCUGCUGCUCAUGUAUAAGUGAAAUGAAAGUACUGGCUGACUUUGUCAUGAAAGUUUGGCUAAGGCUGCUCUGCAAAUCCAUUUUUAGGCACCUAAACAAUUGAUCUACAGGAAACGUGCAAUUUCUUCAUUCUUAAAAGUCUGUCCUCUUGACUUUGAUACUAUAAUUGAAAAAAAUAAACUUAGCCAAAAUAAGAAUUGUAUUCAUGGUGGUAAGCCAGUCAAAUUUUGACACUGGAAAUAACAAUAUUUACAUUAACCUAGUAUCUGUUUUCUCUGUUUCCCUGCAUAUGUCUAGCCUUGAGUGAAAUGUUUUUUUGUUCUUUACAGGAUGCUCUAAGUCAAUUCAGUUCUGCAAAGGUUGUCAUGAAUUACUGUACAGAUGUACCUAUAAACUCUACAGUAAAUCCUGCAGUCCAGUUAUUUGUGUUUAACUGAGUAUGGAGUUGAUUGCUAUUUUUAUUAUAUUGCCAGAGUUUCAAAGGCCCUUUGUUUGUGAUAGUGAUAUGCUGUAUUUAUGUUGUGCUUCCUCUAUUCUGGAGAUUGUCAUUUGUUAUGUUACAUGCUAAGCACCACGAAGCCAUCUGCUAAUGCAAUAUUUUUAAUGAAUGGGGAUACAGAGAAAGACUGCUGCCAAGUAUGUUUUUAUAUACAUGUUGCACAUGUACAGUCUCAGCUGUUGAGCAAGCUAGCUGUUGAGCUCAUCAUCUCUUGGAGUAACUCCACAGUGUGAACUGACACCAACACAUGCAAAUGGUUGGAUUUGAGCGUGAGGAGCCCCUGCACAGGUGCACCAGCUUCAGCUUUGUUUUUAAGAGUUUGGCAGGUCAUUUAUUCUCAUGGAAAAAAAAUAUAUA